UAAAUUAAUUAAUUAAUUAAAGAAAAAAAGCUGACCCAGAUACUUCCUUCUUCUUCAUCUUCGCAUUUUCUAGAGGAAAAAGUACACAAAAGAAAACUGAUUAAAAUUAGAUUGUCAUACAAUGAUGUUGAGAAUUAGGUCGAAUGCGCACGGUAGAAUGAGCGAGAACUCCACGACGACGCCGUCUAACGACGAGAUGGCGGAGAUUGAGUGGGAGAUGAGACCAGGAGGCAUGUUAGUGCAGAAAAGAAUCGGAGCGUCCGAUGUUUCGACUCCGAAUUUGCGUCUCCGAAUCGCUUUCGGAGCCGUCCGUAUAGAGAUCUCGGUCAACUCUCAAGCUACCUUUGGGGAGGUGAAGAAGGUUCUGACGGUGGAGACGGGGCUGCAGCCAGGAGAACAGAGGCUGAUAUUCAGAGGAAAAGAGAGAGAAAAUGGGGAGUACUUGGACAUGUGUGGGGUCAAAGACAGAUCAAAAGUCAUACUUAUGGAGGACCCAGUUAGCAUUGAGAAGAGAUCCAUCGAGAUGCGAAGAAAUGCCAGGAUUCAAACCGCACUUCGCGCCAUCUCCGACAUUGCCUUGGAGCUUGAUAAGCUCGUAGACCAGGUUUCUGUGAUUGAGAAAUCGUUUUCGAGUGGUGUCAAAGUGUCUGAAGUUCAAAUCACUACUUUAAUCGAGAUGCUCAUGAGACACGCAAUCAAGCUAGAUAAUAUUCCUGCAGAAGGAGAUGCUACUGCUCAAAAGAAUUUGCAGGGCAAGAGAGUGCGGAAGUGUGUAGAAACUCUUGAUGUGUUGAAGUUAUCGAAUGCGGGACUAAAGCCUGUCGUUGUGACAACAAAGUGGGAGACCUUUGAUCCUCCUCCGAACACAGCCCAUUGGGAAAAUUUUGAUUAGAUCUAAUUCUCAUGAAUUCCCCCACGUGUUUCAUAUGUUUUUUAUUCAUUCCUUUUCUUCCCUAGUACUUAUCUCGAGAGGAACACAUGGGAGCCACUCUCCUCCGUUGUAUUUGUAGCCUCGUGUCCUCCUUCGGACAUCCUGCGCCAAUAAAGUGUUGGGUUAAGAUAGUUAGAUUAGUGAUAGAUUUUUGCAGGUUAUUAAAAUUAUAAAAAAAAAAACAACAACAACAACAACUUUUACCGGU